AUGGCAGCGAUUGCUCAAUCACCAGCCUCGGUUCCUACAGGAUAUGAUAUCCCGACUUACAACCAGAUCCCAGAGACUUCUUUUGAUCUGGACUGGGCGGACCUCGCCACCUUGGAUCUGUCUCUGUUUGACCAACCCGGUGGUAAAGAGCAAUUAGCCAAGCAGCUCUUCAAGGCUAUACAGAAUAUAGGCUUCUUUUAUAUUACCAACUUCGGUCUCUCACAGGAAGAUGUUGAUCGCCAAUUCUCUAUUGGCAAGGAGAUAUUUAAGCUGCCAAUAGAUGAAAAGCUCAAGUUUCGUGCGGAGCUUGAGAAAGGUGGCUACAAUGGCUACAAGCCAAUGGGUCUCCGGGAAAUCAUUCCGGGUGUUUAUGACAACACAGAAAUCUACAACAUCCCGAAAUUCAUCCCGGCUCUCGAAAUUCCCCAACCUGGUAUUGUGAAUCACAAUCGCCCCAUCAUCGAGGGCUUCGCACGCCAUAUUCAUGACCAAAUUGCGAGCAAGCUUCUUACGCUCUUCGCCAUUAUCCUCGAGCUACCUGAAGACUAUUUUCUAAAGGUGCAUCGCUAUGAGGAGAAGAGCGAUUGCCACCUACGGUACAUGAAGUACCAUCAGCGUACAGAUGAAGAAAAUGAGAAGGCCGGCGGGAUUUGGUCCAAAGGCCAUACCGACUUUGGCAGCUUGACCUUGCUAUUCCGCCAACCCGUUGCCGCGCUGCAGGUUCGCACACCGGAGGGCGAGUGGAAGUGGGUAAAGCCGUAUCCCGGGAGCAUCACGGUAAAUCUUGCGGAUUCGCUCCAUUUUCUCACCAAUGGCUUCCUCAAAAGCAGUAUUCACCGAGUCGUUGCACCACCGCCGGAUCAGAGGAAUGUAGACCGCCUAGGUGUUUUGUACUUUGUUCGACCGGAGGAUAGCCUCGAGCUGCGCCCGGUCGUGAGUGAAGUUUUGAAUCGCUUGGGAUAUGAUCGGACGACUGAUAAUAGUGCGGUUGGUAUCACUGCUGGUGAGUGGGUGAAGGCGAGAGUGGCCAAGGGAGUUGACAGAGGUGUGGCUCGGAGUGAAGUCGGGGAUCAGCCUAUCAUUGGAGGUGUAGUAGCAAAGUAUUAUGAUUAG